AUGCAUGAAAGGUUGAUUUUUAUAGAUAAUAACCUUGAUAGCACUGAAUUUGAGAAGAAAUGCUUCACACGAAUCACAUUGGAAACGAUUGAGCCCGAGCAGAAGUUCGAGCGUGAUGAAGAGUUCAAGCAAGAAAACAAAGAAGAUAUUUUGCAAUGUUGUAUGGAUGACAAAUUAUUGCUAGUCAACAAAAAUUCACUUUUGGAACCCAAAAGAAUGAUUAUCAAGUUUGAAGUUUUGAUGGAGAGAGUAUUCAAAUCAGACGAGGCGCAAGAACAAGAGCCGGUGAUGAAAUAUGGUGGACAUAUUGAAUACAGUAUAGUUGGGUCUUUUAAUGGAUGUAAAUUUCUUGUUAAAUCAAAAAAAAAUACAGAUGUGUACCUUGUCAACUGGUGUAUACGAACAUUUGUUUUGGGAUCAUUAAAGGAUAAUUACCGUUUUGAGAUUUGUGCCAGUACCGAAACUUUCAGAGGGAUUUAUUUUGUUGUUAAGAGGAAAUUAAACGGAAUUUUCAACGCAGUAUUUUCCGUCAAAUUGAAACCCAUUUCAUUAAAUGAAAGAGAUAUGGAUAUUAUGACUGAUCUAUAUGGAGAAUUCAAAUUGAAUUGUCAUUAUAGGACUUUAAUAACAAAUCUUGAAGACAAAAAUAGACAGUUGGAGAAAGAUUUUGAAGAGAGUGUGAAAAGUAAAGACAUAUUUUGGAAAACAAACGAGAAUAUUAGGAAUAAUGUAGAAGAGAUAUUUAUUCCCAUGAUCAAUCAACAAAGAGAAGAGAUUAGAAGAUUAAAUGACAAAUUGGGGAUAAAACAGAAUCUCAAUUUUUCCAGCAUCCGAUCAGAGCAAAUUAUAAAUUACCAAGAACCGAAUAAGAGCAUUCAGUUCGAUUUUGACGAAAGUAAAAUCCCUGAAUAUCGGAAACAGAUUGAAGAUAUAUCGCCAAAGAAGAAUAAAGGAUUGAAAACUGACCUGACAAAGCAUCCGUCCAGUCCAACAAAAUGCAAGAAGAAUCGGAAUUUUAAAAAGGAACGGAAAUUGUCUAUCUCGACUCAGGAAGAAGAACUGACCGACAAGGAUAGCGAUAAUGACGAUCUUUUUCCAUCUUUACAUCUAUCUAAUAAUCAGGAUGGAUCACGACAGAGUUCACUGCAAAGGAUGGACAGUAUGAUGAAACUGAAUGAAGAAUUGGACAAAGAGGAGGAUAAGAAGGAACUUUUCCACUCAAAUAGUUCAUAUUCCGAAAGCACUUCAGAAAAACGAGUUGAUUCAGGAGUAGAGGAUGCAAAUGAAACUGCAUCAGAUACGGAAACAGAUGUUGAUGAAGAACCUAACAAACUUUCGAGUAGUUGA